CGUGGUUUUUACAACGCCAAGCAACGGUCAGCUGACCAACGCGGAAGUGAGUAAUCAGCUGACUGCGCUCCAGAAAAGAAAGUGGCAUUUUCAUCCACACAUGACAACAUGGUUCGUUGUUUCCUGAUCCACACCGUCUGCCCGGUCAGUGCUCUCGGUCCCGGGGAGAGCAGAGUGCUUUACUCCCGCGUCUUCGGCCCGGACGAAGGUGUCCUGUCCGCCCAGCAGCAGGAGCUCAGCCCGGAGGAGAGACGACUCCUGCAGGAGGAGAAGCUCGCUGUGGUGGCGAGGCAGGUCCGCAGUGCCGUGUCUCUGUCCCGGGAGGCGUCGGGGCGGCUGCUGGUGGAGACGGUGCCGGGCGAGGAGGCGCUGGCCCUGCAGGAGGCUGACAGCGGCGUGGUGCGGCUGAGGGCUGGAGACCCCUUCUCUGAGGAGAUGAGUGUGCUGUGGCUGGGCGUCCAGAGUUUGGGCUUCGCUCUGGUCUGCGAGCCCCACGAGAACCUUCUGCUGGCUGAAGGAACGCUGCGCAACCUGACGCGACACUGCCUGGAGCACCUGCACAUGUUGGGGCAGGGGAGCGAGGUCCUGCUGAAGAGCAACCGUAUCGACGUUCUGCUCAGCCGCCUGCUGCCUCACGGGCAGCUCCUCUUCCUCAACCACCGCUUCGCCCAGAGUCUGGAGAAGGAAGUGGCGGCCUACAUGGCCAAGUGAACCCGAGCAGCCCGGCGGACUGAGGUCACCAUAUCGGGGUCGCUGCUAUCGCUGCACUACGACCUGACUUCCAGUCUGAGCGAGAUUAUUGCUAGUUUCCAUGUUUGACAAACAAGCUGUUGUUUACAUUUGGUGACAUUUCUGCAGCAGUAGAAGAAGAAUGGACUACUGGCAGCUGCUGUUUCAGAUUGCAUGAGGUGUAAACACAUACAGUGGUAAAUAUCUCCUGCAGCUACUUGCAGCUCACUGUUGGCUGUUUACUGUGUGGGAGGCUUCAGUUCAAAUCCUGUUUGUCAAAUUGAAGAGUGGAAGGAAAAAAAAUGUGGCAGAUUAAAGAAGCAGUUGAAGAGGCCAGUUACAACCUACUUAUCAACAUCAAAGUGGCAUUUAUCUGAUUCACAAUACUUGAAAUGUCACGAUGCAACCUUGAGGAACCAGGCGCAACCUGUUUCUUGUGUUCCCAUUCGAUUACGUUCUUAUUAACUGCCGCUAAAAGAUGAAAAUUCAGGGUGGACAAAUGAAUCUCACUGGUACAUUGUGUUACUUUUUUGACUUGUAAUGGACCUUUUGUUCCUGAAGAGGAGUAGGAAACCAGAGGAGUUUUUUUUUAUGUGUUUUUGCAGUAUACAAUACUAUACAUCAUCUCAAAGUAACAAACAGCUGAAAUGGAGUAAAGAAAGAUUAAAGUUAGACCUGUUUGAUGCCAUUUUGAAGCAGAAAUGUUAUGAUUGUGAGACUUUGACAAUAAAAAAAGGCAAGAAAUGACCUGAAAUAAUCAUAAAACCACAAAAGAUGAUACAUACGGAGAUAUUGCAUGCAGAAUACAGAAGAAAACAGGAACCAAUGACGAAUACACAAUCAUUAACGGAAAAACCCAGACAACAAAUGACAAAUACAUUCCUGUGUCUUGUGAACAUCUGUUGUACCUCCGACUGUGGCUCGCUGUGAAGCCAGACUCUCCUGCUCCUCCUCCUGUCCUCAUAAAAUCCAGUUUUGUGCUGUCAACCAAAUCCAAA